CAGUCAGUCGUUCUCCCUCCGCCGCGUAGACAGUCGUGGAUUGUGGUGGCACUGGUUCAUCGUGGUGCAAGGGAGUAACUCACUCAGACGUUGUGCACUGGAAAAUAAUAUACACCUGUAAAACUGAAAAAAAAGUAUAUAUUUCAUGCUAUGAUAUAAUAAUGUGAAGGAUUAGUGAGCGUUAAUCUUUGGGUGAUGAUUGUGGUGUGUUGUGAAUUGAGAGCAGAAUGUUGACGAAGCAUCGUAUGCGAUGUUUGCAAUUUUCUGCAGUGGUGGUUUGUGUUUGAAAAAUCCAUAAAGACCAAACCCUAACUAAAUCGCAAGUGGCAAAACCAGAAAACUAGUGUUACCGAGGAAAAACGGAAACAAAUUUUUUGCAUACAUAAAUUGCAGUGUAAAAAAAAUAUAUAGAAAAAGGUUAAAAAAAAUUGAAGUGUGAAGCCGAGAUGAUUAAAAAAAAAAGGAAACAAACGACAGAAAAAGAAGCAAAUAAAAAUCUGAAUUUGUGUCGUUACUACUAAUAUAUCUUUUAAGGUUUAUUCCCUCCCCGAGCAAACAGGAUGGAGAUGACGGCCGUGGACAAGAAGAAGUACGAGCAGUACAUCCAAGGGACCAUCCAGAAGUAUAAAGCUGCCAAGCAAGACCUCGAGAUCAAAUUUCGCAACACCGUCCGCCGCCCCGGGACAGACACUCCCGAGCCGGGCAGCGCAGCGUCGUCGCCCAUGUUGCCCAGGGCUGCCAAAGUCGAGACCGCCUCACCUUUGUUGGUUAGGGCAGUGAAAGCUGAAGCCACUUCACCCGUGGCGUCCAGGUCACCCAAGAUCGUCACGAGUUCUGAUAAACCCCUACUUGGGAAGACUGCGGGGGCCGAGACGACACCUGUUAAUCCUGGAACCAGUGGUCGGCCAAGCGGACGAGGAAGCACCCCCAUCAGGCGAGGACUAGGGGUUAGAAGUGCUACUGCUGCUGUUAUUAGAGUUCCAAGGAGGGACAAGCAGAGUCAUGAUACUACCGCGAAAACUCGCCUGCAGAGGCAAGAUACGGGAAUUCCAAGACUUAAGAUACCUUCCUCAAAGUCUGUGUCGCCUCGGGGCAGCGUCAGCAAGACAUCGCCGGCGCAGACUGGCGAGAACAUUGCUAAGUUGAGAAGAACACCAACUCCAACCAGCUCCUCCAAACCUAGUCUCGUCCCACGGCCGGUCGGCCUCACCAGACAUAACACCUCCGCCUCUAUUCGAAGCGUCCCCAGGACCAGCCCCUCCCACAGGAGUGACAAUAUGAAAGAAAAGUCAAUUCCAGGGUCAUCCACACCGAUCAGGAAGACUGACGCCAAGCAUUUGGAUGCUCGCCGGCGAGAGACUUACAUCCCAGAGGCGAGGCCGAGGAUGGGCACCAGCUCCCUGACUUCCUCGGCAUCAUCAGCCUCACGUCUUCUGGGCCGCGUCUCCGGUGGCAAGACCCUGUCAGCGGCAAAGAAAAGCGAUCCGGUCCGAAGGUCUUCAGAGGAACAGGAAGCUGCCGUCACUCAGAGGCCUGAUGCAGCAGACAAUCAAUCAAAGAUGCCUCUUUCAAAACGUACAACUCAGAACCGUUUUGCGCGACUCAUCCGAAGGAACACAGAAAUUGUGGACACAAGGGGUAGUGCACGGCGGAGUGGCUUGGGUGCCAAGGCGGGUGAGGGAGGACAGUCCCCUCGCCGUACGUCCCCAGUAGGCAUUCAGAGCCUCAAAUCUCGGCCCGAAGGCACAACACGCGAUGGCCGCGCCGACACUGGAAUACCUGCACCGCGUCGCACGUCCGCAGAUAAUCCUGCCACUCCUAGCUCUUCAGCGGCCAAGCAGGCGGGCGGAAGCAAGCUACGGAUGCGGUUGCCCAAAAUCACGCUGAGCCGGACCGACAGUAAGAGCAAAGUGACAAGACGGGAGGAACCUACUGCCACAAGAAGGACACCCAACAAGAGCGGUGGUUCCAGCGGCAGCAGCAGCAGCACCAAAGCGCCUGGUUCAAGUCUCCCGCCACGCCGCCGCUUCAUUGAUCUGGCCCCCGCCGCCCUCCUCUCUGGAGUUCGGAAGAUGGCCUCCAGAGGGCAGGAGAGGUCUCCCCUCCCCUCAGUGACGUCACACUCCAAUGACAACAAACCCGACGGGAGGGGAGCCGCGCCUCUCUAUCUAGACUUUGAGGGGAAUAUACGUCCCGGCGGCCCUGCGGAGUGUGUGUUAGAGGGUGACAUUACUAGACGGAAGGGGCGGGGCCCCGGGGACGCUGCUCAACCCCCUAAGGGCCACGGGGAGGGCACCUGGGAGGUGAUUGACGUCGACCCGCUCGGGAAAUACAACAACUUCCACUACUGGCGGCGACGGCUCCCUGAUGUGACCAGUGACCUGAAGGCUGGUGACCUCCACCAUCUGGAUGUGAACGGCAACGCGAGGAGCCCAACCCCUGACGGAGGCACAAGGGCACCCAACAGGAAGUCCGCUCACGAUCACGCCCAGGUCAGGUUGAGGUCACAGAGCCGUAGCCCAGGCCCAGAGUCUGGAAGACAUCCACGUCCAACCACUCUCGUGUUAUUCGAUCCCGAGGCCGGAGAAUCCAGCACCGACCCAAAGCCCUUCCUCAAGGAGCCCAUCGGCGCGGCAGGGCGUGUACUCCACCACCUGGACCUCGCCCUGCGCCGCCACAUCGACCUUGACGACGACGGCGACGGCGACCUAUGUAGGGAGCAGCUGCGUCAGGGUCACCGCCGGCCCAAGUCUGGCUCCGUCUGUGACUAUUCCAGGCUGGUGUCGGCGAAGCCCUACAACACUCUCGGGAGCAGCUCGCGCGUGGGCAGCUGCAGCCAUCCUUAUCCCCUUAUCCGGAGGAACUCUGCACCUGUCGACUUCUUGCGGGGCCUGUUUGGCUCUUUCAGAAGGAGCCGCAUCGAGCCUGAACCGCAGGAUCCUCGGGAGUGCUGGCUCGCCACCUCGGAGGAGGACGUUGCUCUUGACCAGCAGGGUGCGUGGGAUCAUUCUGACAUAUACGGGGAAGACCUGCGUGCCCCAGAAUAUUACCUAGGUGAUCAAGAGGUUUUUGCUGCAGCCGCCAGCAUGGGCAACAUUCAGGGCGCGGAGGGGAAGAGGGCUGGGAAGGCCGAUAAAAAGGGGAAGGACAAGGCCAAAGGGAAGCUUGCGAAGGGUAAGUCACCCUCUAAAGCAAAGCUUCACGCAAGCCGUGAUACCUUGCAGGAAGGUAGUAUCGCGGGGCAAAUCACGCCCUCCCCAACUAGGCCAGAUGGAAACAACCUGAGUGGCCACCCUCUCACAGCAAGCCGCCCAGUGCCCGCCCCACCUAGUGAGCGGCCUGUGUCCAUCGUCACAGAGUCAUGGAAGGAGGCACGGCGGCCCGAGAGCUUUGUCCCAGGCCGUGCACUGGGCGGCAACUCGACUGUUGGCUUCGUCGACUCAUCAUCCAGCUCGGAGUCCGUGUUUACGGAGGCACGUAGCGGCGGCGGCCCCUCCAGCCAACAUGAGGCGGUAACGCCAAUGGAUGGGGCCACAACGCCCAUGUUUUCUGAGGCCCUUGACCUGCCCAUCGAUGCUAUUAUGUCCGGCCAGUACAGCUCGAGCAACACCUCAACUGUAUCUUCGCGGCCCAACACACUCGCAGACUCGCUUCAGUCUACCAAUAGUGCUCUCGACAUUUUAGAGAAAACCAUGCGAACCUCAUCCCAGACUAAAGUAGAUACUUUGAAGAAAACGGACAAAGAAAAUGAGCAACAGAAAACGUUAGAAGGGUCAUGGGAGAGUGGAGGGAAGGUGCCUGAGGCCAUGCCCCCCACUUCUCCGCCCCUUCAGGUAGAGGCAACAAACACAGCAGUCGAAGCAGGCCAGUACACCCCUACCCUUGGCUCUGCGCCGCCGUCACCGCACCGAGGAGAGGGAAAGACAGACGAGGCUUCCAUUGUGCUAACUCCAGACGGUGUCGAUCUUGAUUUCAGUGAAAGUCCAGGCGAGCGUGAAGUGUUUGAGGAGGAUAGAGACAGUGUUGAGGCCCAGCACCUUCAGCGGCAGCUCCGCCACGGCUCGGCCCCUCACGGCGAGGAUAGUCUUGGCUCUUUCAUCUGCGUGAACCUUGAUCGUCCCACUGCCAGGUCCAAGACUUACUCCCUUGGUGACGUUCUAGGUGACCAGCAUGAGGUGGACGGUGAAGCAAGGCCUGCCGAGGACAAGCCCAGAUCCCACUCUGCCGAUGAUUUUGAGCUAAAUCACGAGGACUACGACGACGAGGAAUAUUUCUACGACGAGGAAGUAGACAUGCCUCAGGCGUCGGCAGGAACAGGGGGGCGAGGGGGAAGCAGUGCCUUCAGGGUAUCCCGCCACAGAAAAGUAGAGCUGCAGCCCGCCAAACCCUCAGCCUCCCGCAGCGUCGUCAGCAGUAACAACAACAACAACUCCGCCAAAAACAGGGCCCUCUCAGAAAACUGCAUUGCUGCAGGAAAUGGAAACGAGCAGCAGCAGCAGCGGGGGCGGCGCAGCGGCAGCAGCGGCGACACGAGUGUAGUGGACAGCAACGUGCUUCGGAAAGUGGCAUCGCUCACCCUCGACCGAGCCACCAUCGACAAGCGAGUCACCAAGCCGAAGUUUGUGCCAGAGAAAUUAGAUUUCAAAAUCUACGAGAAAUUUGAAGGUCAAAUGCUCAUCAACUGGUUUGUCAGCGCGUUCAGCGAGGGCCACUACAUGCGUCACGUGGUCGCCUCACAAGACCUCAAGAUUCUCGCCGCGCAGUUCUGUACUCACCUGCUCGCGGCGGGGGUCAUACGGCAGAUAGAAGACACCAACGCACCCAUGGAGCUGCUGUUCAGGCCUGAUCUCAUGUAUUACUGGGCCCACACUGAAGCUUCCCCAGCCCAGAUUUUGACACCUGGCAAGAUAUCACCUUCUGCCUGGCCUCCUCCAAACUUUGCAGAGUUUUUCACUUCAUCGCGUCCAGGUGCCAAGUACACAGAAGCAGACCCCACCUCUGGGGAGGAGGAUGCUGGUGGUGGUAUCGAAGUAGAGGGACUGACUGAAGGGCAGUCAGUAGAAAAUGGGGAGGGAGAAGAGUUCCAGCAGGUUGUCAUGGGACUAAAACGAGAACACAAAGAGUCCCUAGAGAAGGUACAGCAAGGGCAGGAGGUAUCCCUGUUCAACUUGCGUGGGGAGCAAGCAGAGAAGCUGUGCCAAUAUGAAACACGCAUCCGGGAACUGGAGAUGGAAGUGGAGAAGCUUAGAACUUUUUCAGCUAUUCAGGAACUUGCUGCCAAGACUAAGGCAGACUUUGACUCUCCAACCUCUCCUGUGCAUCCCCCAGUCGAUGUUGGCCCUUCUUCCUCAACCUCGGCCCCUCCACCCCCUCCCCCUCCCCCCACAGCAGUGCAAGGUGUGGCUGAUGCUUCCUCUAGCCCCCCCCACCAUGGCAUGCCCCCUCCUCCACCACCUGCCUUGGGGAUGGGAGCACCCACAUCACCUUCUGGAAUGUCUGUGCCACCUCCUCCUCCUCCUCCUCCUCCACUUCCUCCAGGAUCUGCAACUAGCAUGCCCCCUUCAUCUAUGCCUCAUGCCCCUCCUCCUCCUCCUCCUCCUCCUCCUCUAGGAAUGGGUGGCCCUCCCCUGCCACCAUUGCCACCAACAGCAACAGGAGGACCUCCACCACCACCACCACCACCACCACUUCCACCAGGAAUGGCUGGGCCCCCACCUCCUCCUCCAUUACCAGGGAUGGGUGGUCCUCCUCCUCCCCCUCCUCUUCCAGGGAUGGGAGGUCCUCCUCCUCCCCCUCCUCUUCCAGGAAUGGGAGGUCCUCCUCCUCCACCCCCUCUUCCAGGAAUGGGAGGACCUCCCCCUCCCCCUCCCCUCCCAGGGAUGGGAGGACCUCCUCCUCCCCCCCCUCUUCCAGGAAUGGGAGGACCCCCUCCACCUCCUCCUCUACCAGGAAUGGGUGGUCCUCCUCCUCCCCCCCCUCCAGGUGGAGGCCCCCCACCUCCCCCCAUGGCCCCAGGAAUGUGGCCACCACCCCCUCCAGGAGGACCUACACCUUUCCCUGCGCCUCCCCCGGGUGGGUGGAACGCCUCUCGUCCAGCUGUGUUACGUAAAAAGCCCGUCAACCCCAAGAUGGCCAUGAAGCCACUCUACUGGACCAGGAUUCAGCUUAAGACCCCAAAGGUAGAGAAGCCACCGGAAUCCCCAUCAGAGCCAGAGGAAAGUUGUGAUGAGCCAUCGGAGAAGGAAAAUGAAGGUAAAGAUGUAGAUAUGGAAGAGAAAGAGAAGGAAAUGAAAGAAGACAUUGAAGUCGGUGGGGAAAGCAAGACCAAUACUCCAACCAAAAAGAAGAGAAAAAGAAUUACUAAAAGGAGGAUCUCAGGAGCCCCUCUAUGGGAUCAGCUGGAAGAAGAAGACUUUGAUGAAACAGAAUUUGUGGAUUUAUUUGCAAGGCAAGUCAAACAACCAAAGAAGAAAGAAAAGAAGGAAGAUAAGCCAGCCAAAGUUAAGGUUGCAAAAGUGUUAGACAGUAAACGAUCUCAGAACGUUGGAAUUUUCAUUACGAGUCAGCAUCUUGAUAUUGCUGAUGUUGAAAAUGCUGUGUACAACUUUGAUACGACAGUUCUGGACCUGGAGGUGCUGCAGCAGAUUUAUGAAGUACGUCCAUGUGAAGCAGAGGUCAACAUGAUCAAGGCUCAGCAAGAAGCCAUGCCAGACAUACCCCUUGACAAACCAGAGCAGUUCCUGCUUGACCUUUCCAAAAUUAAUGAAUUUGCUGAGCGAACAGCAUGUUUCAUGUUCCAAGCAACCUUUGCUGAAGAGCUGGAAGCUGUCCAUGGCCGCAACUCCAUGCUGCACUCCACUAUUGAAGCAUUGACUAGUAACAGCAUCAAGAGAAUAUUUGGUCUGAUCUUGGCCAUUGGAAACUACAUGAAUGGAGGCAACAGGACAAGAGGACAAGCUGAUGGCUUUGGUUUAGAGAUUCUCCCCAAACUCAAAGAUGUCAAGAGCAAAGAAUCAAACUACACUCUCCUACAUUUCAUUGUGAAUAAAUAUAUUGAGAAAUAUGAGGGAAAAGAUGCCGGAACAGAUGAGGUCCAGCUGCCUAUUCCUGAUCCUUACAUGGUUGAGCGGGUUUCUAACAUAAAAUUUGAAGACCUAGAGGCAGACCUAAAGGAGUUGAGGAACAAUCUUAAAGUGUGUGAAAAUCGUGCUGAGAAGGUGAUCAAGAAGUCGGAUGAGAAGCACCUUCAGCCCUUCAAGGACCGAAUGACUGACUUCUUUGUCAAAGCCAAUAAGGAAAUAGCAGCAGAAGAGAAAUAUCUUGGUGAAUGCAAGACCCAAUUUGAUCUGGUUAUGAAAUACUUCCAGUUUGCUGGUAAAGGGACUGAGGUGACACCCAAUGACUUCUUCAGUGUAUGGUCACCAUUUUGCAAUGACUUCAUGAUCAUUUGGCAGAAAGAGCAACAAAAGAUUGUUAAUAAGAGGAUAAAAGAAACAGAAGAGCAGAUGAAGAAGAUGACAGAAGAGAAGAAGGAUGUAGCCAAGAAAACCAAAGAAGCUGGUGGACUCAAAAGCAAACUUAGGGAUAAGUUACAAUCUAAACAGUAAUGGUGAUCCAACAGUUUGUAAUGCAAAGUGUCAUAGUUGAAGAAUUAGACUGAACAGGGAGAACAGAUCAAAGGCAAGUUGUGAAGAUUUUUUUCAUCAACCAAUGGUGACUAGUAGUUGUGAUAUCUCCAAUUUAAAGGUCACUAGAGAUGUGGCUGUGCAAGUUUUCUAAAUCAGUUGAAAGGCCAAAAAAAUUGUAAUUUUUUUUGUGUAUAUAGGGGAGGAUACUUAGUGUUUCUUUUUUAUUUAUAUAUAGAGAGACAGAGAUAGAGGUAUAAGCUGUAACAAAAAAAUUGGCAGCUUGUAUAGUGACAAUAGAUAUAUAAUUUUAUACUUACCAUAGUCAUGAGAAUAUUUUAUAUGAUUAUUCAUGUUCAUAAUGUUCUAGGUUAAGCCAAAUCGAAGCUAUUGCUUUUAAGCUACACUGUGAUAGCUUGGAAGGAGAGCAAUUCCCUGAGCAAAUUUGUAUCUUGUUAAGGAAGGCAAUGUUCUAGGUGCUAUGACACUAAGAUGGUUAAGUAUUGCAGUGAUCUUGUGUGUGUAAGUGAUGGCUGGCACUAGUAUUGUGUGAGGCAGUGAUGAUUAGUAGUGGUCUUGUGAGUGUUAGUGGUCAUGUAUGUCAGUGAUGGCUGGCAAUGGUGUGUCAGUUAUGGGUGGCAGUGGUGUUGAGUUUGUCAGUGAUUGAUGAGUGGCAGAGGUAAUGAGUGUGUCAGUGAUGGGUGGCAGUGCUGUUGUGUGUGUCAGUGAUGGGUGGCAGUGGUGUUGUGUGUGUCAGUGAUGGGUGGCAGUGGUGGUGUGUGUGUCAGUGAUGGGUGGCAGUGGUCCACUGUAAGCAGGUGAUUGGUUCCAGUAGUCCCCUGUGAGAUAGAUUAUUGUUGGUGUGGAAGAACUUGUUCAAAUGUUUGUACUGUCUGGCUGGAUGUAUGCUAUUUUAGUGCCAUUUUGGACAUGCUCAGGGUUCAAUUCCUCCUUCAUCAACUUGGGUUCAAUGCCUUAAUGAAAAAUGAAUAUUAUAAAGUUCUCCAGUUGUACCUGGUGUUUGUAAACAGUUGGAAUUGAGAAAGCAGGCAUGUAUUGCAUAAAUCUUAAAUAUCACA